AUGACAGUCGACGAUUCAAUUUCCGUCAUAACGUCCCAGACGUUUCACAUUUUUGUCUGGCUUUUCGUCGUCGCGGGCGUCGUUGGCAACGUGCUGGUCGUCUCAUGGCGCUGCUCAAGAAAAGAGUCACGCUCUCAGAUUCUUUCCAUACUCAUCGUCAGCCUCGCUGUUGCCGAUCUCGUCUGGUGUUGUCAUUACCUUGUUCAAGAAGUGAUGAUGUUGAAGGUGAUUACAACAGCUGGAAACAGAAAUGAAACAAUUUCGUUCACGAUCCAGGACACAGCUCUUUGUCUCAUCAGUACCUUUUUGUCCUUUGCUUCGUGUAAUGCAAUAAUGACGACAGCGGUUGGGAUAGCUCUCCACACUUUUUUCACUUUUGGUGGAUAUCGUCGUAGGAACGUCAUCGUCUACACUUUCCUCUCGAUCAGUUGGGUUUCUUCUCUUGCAAUGGCAGCAUCGGCGACGGUAGACAUAAAUCGACUGACCGUCAAACAUCGCGAAACGGCAAUGUCCUUGAAUCGUUUCUCGGUGACUGUAAUGGUUGGCUGCAUGCAAGGGCGCCACGUCUAUCCGGUCUUCGUCACGUCCGUCAACGCGGCGGCGUCCGUCGUCUGUUUUGUUGUUUAUAGUCGUUUGCUUUACAAACUGAAGACGGCCAACUUAGAUUUUGUGAAUGCAGAGCUCAAACAUCUGCAGAUCAGACUGACGAUUGUUGUGCUAGUAAAUGUGAUCAUUUGGUGGCCGCCUUGCAUUCUGUACUGGUACAGCUACUUUAGAGGGAAGACAGUGUUUAACGGAAAAUUGAAUCUGAAUGCUGUUAUGGCGAUAAUGAUGUCGAACGUGCUCAUAACCGCAAUCGAUCCGUUGAUCUACACGAUGGUUUCGACUCGUUUCACGCGCAUGAUUCGACGCGCUUGCGUCGGGAUGUGUUGUCAUGGCAACAACGAAAGACGAAUACUGAUCGAAUUGGAAAGUGAACUCGAUGCAUCACGUUGUACUUGUUUGACGACGUGUUGGCUCAUCCGUCGAAUACGAAGUAAGGUGGGACGUGCAAGAGGUGCCAGGUCGACUGGCAGCAUGACAUAUACAGAUCCGACCGGAUCGAGUUCUUUGUUUCCGGAAAUCAAGCGGCCAUCAUACGGGAUAACUGAAACCGAUUGUGAGUCAGUGUAACAGCGGGGUAGUAUAGAACAUAGAAAAUAGUUGAGGUGUUGCAGACGCGUCUACGUUUUGUCGAUAAGCAAUAGUUUUAAAAUUUACA